CCUUCGAAAGGUUUAAGUAGACUUUUUGAGAAGUAAGUAGGGUGUUGUUUUCGAUAAUUUUGGUCGAUAGUCCUACCAUGGCGUUUUCUCUGAGUGAAAACCCCAGGCUUCUUAACUGCCUGGAUUCUGACAUUCCAGCCCUGUCUACAUGCAGUAAUGCAGACGCGUUCUCCAGGAUGAACACCAUGCUGGGAAACUCAUUGGAUCUAAGCGGGGUUUGCACGACUCCCUCUACCAAAUGCAAGCGAGACCCUUUUUAUGAUCGUCCCGACUCGGACCUGUCUGCGGUCCGGAGCAGGAUGCUUUUUCCCAGUGGUGGCCAGGACUCAUCCAGGGGUCUGCCUGAUGUCAAUAACUGGGGUCUGGGCCUACAGUCCCUCAGCCUGUCUGACUGGGAGAGACCGUGGAGCAGCCAUGACACCGAUCCCUCUGCACAGACCAACACGGCCUCGCUGCAAGGGAUUUUGGGGACUCCCAGCCGGCUCUCCAACAAGCUUCCAAGCUACUCUGAACCUUCCAUUGGUGCUAUAGACUUCCUAGAAAAAUUUCCCGGCAUGGCACGCUUGAACUCUCAAUCUUUCCUGGAAUCUCACUCCAUUAGCCCUGUGGACUCGGAGACCAGCGGCUUCAGCUCUGGUUCUGAUCACCUCUCAGACCUGUUGGGGCCCGAGAUCAAGUCGCUUCAUUCUCAGUGGGGAAAUCUGGAGCUCCACGAUGAUGUGAUCUACAGAAGGUGGCAGGCACCACGGGAGGGAAUCGAGCGCCUGCAACUACUGGUUCCCCACGCUCUGCGGCCGGAGGUCCUCCAUUGGGUUCAUGGGGCAGCUGGAGCCGGCCAUUUCGGGAACUCCAAGACGGUGCGGCGGCUGCGUCAGCGGUUCUACUGGCCAGGGUGUCGGUAG